AUGAGUGACAAAAGUGUCAACACGGCAGCUCUACUUUCAAAACUUAUAGCCUUUGUCCCUUCCACACAAAAAUUUCCACAAAUUGUCUCAACUUGUCAAGAGAUUGACACUAGCAUUUCCGAAGUUACCGAAGAAGCAAAGAGUACUUGUGAAUUUUAUCAGAAUGUAAUUUCUUUACCACCUACUAGUAUCGAUAAAAAAAGUAACCUCAACAAUAUUUUUUCAAAUAACACUGAGGUUAAAGACACUUGGCACUGCGAUUCUUGUACUCUUGAUAUUCCUUCACAAUCCUUUGAACAACACUUGCAUAGUACAGCUCAUCUAAUAUCCCAUGCACCAGAUGAUUCUGUCCCGGUUGAUCCAUUGGUUUUAAACGACACCAAUAUAGGGUUCCGUAUACUUCGUGGACAAGGCUGGACUUAUGAAAAAGGAUUAGGAAUCAGUGAGCAAGGAAGACGGCAACCUAUAACGCCAAAAAUUAAAAAUGAUCGUUUGGGAAUUGGCUUAAAUUCAAACUCAUUAAAGAAACAGAGAUAUUUUAAACAAGAGAAAAGAAGUAAAAAGAUAUUAUUAAGUGCGAAGGAAGCAGCGCGACAAUAUGAGAAAGAAAAAAAAGAAAGGAUUAAUUUACUGGCUUACAUGAAUCGUUAG